AUGCGUCUACGUCCGAUAAACACACUGCUACCUGCUCUCGGCCUAGCCGUACUUAUCAGUGGACAUCCAGCAACGGUCUACAUCAUCCGCCACGGGGAAAAACCUCACAACAAGAACGAUCACGGCUUGAAUCUGGACGGGAUCAAAAGAUCUCUGUGCUUACCGGGGAUUUUUGGGAAUUCCUCCGAGUACAACAUUGGGCAUAUAAUGGCUCCCACUGUGAGAGAGAGUAUGUCACCUUCCAGUCCCAAGCAUCAAGACCAAGUUGAUCCCAUCAGUCUCGUCUCAGAUCAAAAGAAAACUUCCAAUUAUGGACAAUAUCGGCGGUCAUACAUGACAGUCCUCCCACUCGCCAAUCACCUAGGUCUUGAAGUAGACGCCCAUUGUUCCCGCGAGGAGACCAGAUGCGUAGCCAAGACGAUUCGAAAGUACGACGGUCCGGGAAACAUCCUGAUAGUGUGGAGACACUCGAGUAUGAAUAAAAUAUUGGAGCGGCUGGGUGUGUUGAGUACGAUAUCGUAUCCUGAAGACCGAUUUGAUCUGAUCUGGAAGAUUCCUUAUCCAUACGACGAGGUGACGGAAGUCACUAGCGAGCAUUGUCCUGGUCUCGAUUUCCCCAGUCACGUUUUCGUCACUCGGCACUGA